CGCAGAGUUGGCUUGAUGGGCGAUGUCCGAGCGAGGCUGUCACUCCGGAGGCAGCAGCGGCGGCCGGGCUGAGACGUGGCCCGGAGAACGCUGCUGGCUGCCCAGGCUAUCCUCGCCCGGGUGGCGGCUCCGAGCCGCGGCAGACGCGGGUGCGGACGGCCGGGCCUCGAUGCAGGCCCCCGGGGCGGGCCGCUGAUGGAGCGCGCCGCGCGCCCGGGGCCGCUCGCGUGGGCGCUGCUACUACUGCUGCGGCUGGCGCUGGGGCCCGGGGCCACCGCGCGCGCCCGCGACCUCCCGGGGCCCGCUGCCCACGCGCCCUUCAGCCUGGGGGCGGCGGCCGCGCCCACCUCCGCUACCCGGGUACCAGCGGCGGGGGCUGCGGCGGAGGUGACGGUGGAGGACGCCGAAGUGCUGCCGGCAGCAACGGGCGAGCAGGAGCCGCGGGAAACCGGGCCCGAGGAUGACUCGGAGCUGCAGCCGCGUGGCAGGUCAUUGGUAAUUAUCAGCACUUUAGAUGGGCGAAUUGCUGCUUUGGAUCCAGAGAAUCAUGGUAAAAAGCAGUGGGAUUUGGACGUGGGAUCUGGUUCCUUGGUUUCAUCCAGCCUUAGCAAGCCAGAGGUAUUUGGGAAUAAGAUGAUCAUUCCUUCCCUGGAUGGAGACCUCUUCCAGUGGGACCGAGACCGUGAGAGCAUGGAAACAGUUCCCUUCACAGUUGAAUCACUCCUUGAAUCUUCUUAUAAAUUUGGAGAUGAUGUCGUGUUAGUUGGAGGAAAGUCUCUUACUACGUAUGGACUCAGUGCAUCUAGUGGAAAGGUGAGGUAUAUCUGUUCAGCUUUGGGUUGUCGACGAUGGGAUAGCGAUGAAAUGGAGCAAGAAGACAUCCUGCUUCUGCAGCGCACCCAGAAAACUGUUAGAGCUGUCGGACCCCGCAGUGGCAAUGAGAAGUGGAAUUUCAGUGUUGGCCACUUUGAACUUCGGUAUAUUCCAGACAUGGAAACUAGAGCCGGGUUUAUUGAGAGCACCUUUAAACCCAGUGGGGACAAAAAAGAGCCUAAAAUUAUUUCAGAUAUGGAAGAGCAAGAAGCUGCUACGAUGGACACAGUGAUAAAAGUCUCCGUUGCUGACUGGAAGGUCAUGGCGUUUAGUAAGAAGGGAGGACGUCUGGAGUGGGAAUACCAGUUUUGUACUCCAAUUGCAUCUGCCUGGUUGGUUAAGGAUGGCAAAGUCAUUCCAAUCAGUCUUUUUGAUGACACAAGUUAUACAUCUAACGAUGGAGUUUUAGAAGAUGAAGAAGACAUUGUAGAAGCUGCGCGAGGAGCCACAGAGAACAGUGUCUACUUGGGAAUGUACAGAGGCCAGCUGUACCUGCAAUCAUCAGUCAGAAUUUCAGAAAAGUUUCCUACAAGUCCCAAGGCUUUGGAAUCUGUCAAUAAUGAAAAGGCAAUUAUUCCUUUGCCAACAAUCAAAUGGAAGCCCUUAAUUCACUCUCCUUCCAGAACUCCUGUCUUGGUUGGGUCUGAUGAAUUUGACAAAUGUCUUAGUAACGAUAAGUUUUCUCAUGAAGAAUACAGUAAUGGUGCACUUUCAAUCUUGCAGUAUCCAUAUGAUAAUGGUUAUUAUCUACCAUACUACAAGAGGGAAAGGAGCAAACGUAGCACGCAGAUCACAGUCAGGUUUCUCGACAACCCAAAUUACAACAAGAAUAUCCGCAAAAAGGAUCCUGUUCUCCUCUUACACUGGUGGAAGGAAAUAGCUGGAACUAUUCUGUUUUGUAUCAUAGCAACAACUUUCAUCGUGCGCAGACUUUUCCAUCCUCAUCAUCACAGACAAAGGAAGGAAUCUGAAACUCAGUGUCAAACUGAAAAUAAGUACGAUCCUUUAAGUGGUGAAAACAAUGACAGUAGCUGGAAUGACGUAAAAAAUUCUGGAUAUGUAUCAAGAUAUCUAACAGAUUUUGAACCAAUUCAGUGCAUGGGUCGUGGUGGAUUUGGAGUUGUCUUUGAAGCUAGAAACAAAGUAGAUGACUGCAAUUAUGCUAUCAAACGGAUACGUCUCCCCAAUAGGGAAUUGGCUCGGGAAAAGGUAAUGCGAGAAGUUAAAGCAUUAGCCAAGCUUGAACACCCGGGAAUCGUUAGAUAUUUCAAUGCCUGGUUGGAAGCACCACCAGAGAAGUGGCAAGAAAAGAUGGAUGAAAUUUGGUUAAAAGAUGAAAGCACAGACUGGCCACUCAGCUCUCCUAGCCCAAUGGAUGCACCAUCAGUUAAAAUAUGCAGAAUGGAUCCUUUCUCUACAAAAGAACGUAUUGAAAUCAUAGCUCCUUCACCAGAAAGAAGUGGAUCUUUUUCAGUAGGGAUUUCGUGUGGCCAGACGAGUUCAUCUGAGAGCCAGUUCUCUCCGCUGGAAUUCUCAGGAAUUGAUCAUGGGGACACCAGUGGGUCAGUGGAUCCAUCGUGCAACCUCCAGGACAGUUGCCUUACAGACUGCGAUGCGGAAGAUGGUACUAUAGAUGGCAAUGAUGAGGGGCACUCCUUUGAACUUUGUCCUUCUGAAGCUUCUCCCUGUAUACGGUCAAGGGAGAGAACCUCCUCUUCUAUAGUGUUUGAAGAUUCUGGCUGUGAUAAUGCAUCCAGCAAAGAAGAGCUCAGAACCAACAGACUGCAUAUUGUCAACCAUUAUGAUGAUAAACUAAAUGGUUUCAAGCAUUCCAGUAGCAAAUCUUCCUCUGAAGCUACUUUGUCUACUUCUCCUUCAAGACCAACCACUUUAAGCUUAGAUCUUACUAAGAACACUGCCGAAAAAUUCCAGCCCAGUUCACCAAAGGUGUAUCUUUACAUUCAGAUGCAGCUAUGCAGGAAGGAAAACCUCAAAGACUGGAUGAAUAGACGAUGUGCCAUAGAGGAAAGAGAGAGGACCAUGUGUCUGCACAUCUUCCUGCAGAUAGCGGAGGCGGUGGAGUUUUUGCAUAGUAAAGGACUCAUGCACAGGGACCUCAAGCCUUCAAACAUAUUCUUUACGAUGGAUGACGUGGUGAAGGUUGGAGAUUUCGGGUUAGUGACCGCGAUGGACCAGGAUGAGGAAGAGCAGGCAGUUCUGACGCCAAUGCCAGCUUACGCGCGACAUACGGGACAAGUAGGGACCAAACUGUACAUGAGCCCAGAGCAGAUUCAUGGAAACAACUACUCUCACAAGGUGGACAUCUUUUCUUUAGGCCUGAUUCUAUUUGAAUUGCUGUACCCAUUCAGUACACAGAUGGAAAGGGUCAAGACCUUAAGUGAUGUCAGAAAUCUCAAAUUUCCGCCACUGUUUACUCAGAAAUAUCCACGUGAGUAUGUGAUGGUUCAGCACAUGCUCUCUCCAUCCCCCACGGAACGACCUGAAGCUACAACUAUCAUUGAAAAUGCUGUGUUUGAAGACUUGGAGCUUCCAGGAAAAAUAGUGCUCAGACAGAGGUCUCGCUCCUUGAGUUCAUCGGGAACAAAGCAUUCCAGGCAGUCGAGCCACUCCCAUAGCCCUUUGCCAAGCAGUUAGCCUUGAGUUGUGCUCACAGCCCUGACGGGUAACACGGAACAGCCCACUCCGCAGAAAUGUGGCUUUCCAAAACUGUGGACUUGAAAAUUUGUUCUUUGCUCAAUUUUAUUUUAGGCUCCUUUUUCUAGUCAAAUUUAAACUGGAUUUGGGAGCAAAAUCUAAUUUGAGCCAACUCGGCUUUUUGCUACAUUCAAGCAGAAGCUAUUGCUAAACUUUUCAUUUGUGGUCCUUUUUCUUCACUGGUCUUCUGAAGCUGGCUGGCCAAGCCCUAUGCCCUGACCUUUUGCCUAGGGAGGUAGAAGCAAUUCUAAAAUAUAUGGAGAGAAUUAAAUAAUAUUUUUAUAGUAAAGAAGAAUGAAAAUCCUCACAAUCUGGAAGCUAUAAUGUUCUAGAAAUGGGUUUUCUAGAGAUUUGAUGGUGAUUUUGAAAUUGAUUCCCAAAGAAGCUGAUUCCGUUUUUGUCCCUGGUGGGUAAAUCAGGAAUCUGCAUUAUUUUGGAGGACAAGUAGCACAAGUUGUUUAACAGUUUAUGUCCAUAGCUAGUUUUGUAAUGAUAUUUGUAGAACUAAAUAGCUAUAUUCCUUAGGUAGUUCUAGGGAGAGUUUAAUAGCUUUUUCUACUUUUACCUCCAGUAAAGAGAAGUGAAGCUUUUUAUGUACAUUGGUCAAAUGGUCUGCUUUGGGGAUUAAAAAAAAGCUGUAGUAAGAAAUGAAUCAUAUAUUACAACUAACUUCUAUUAUGGACUUUUUAAGCCUAAAGAAAUCUUAGGUGUCUUAUACGUAAUCCUUUAGGUUGAUUCUCCCCACAAAUUGAUUGUAGGUAACAGUUUAAUCAUCUUGCCUAACACGGUUUUUUGUUUUGUUUUGUUUUUCUUCACUGUAAAUACAUUUAUUUUUAUUUAUAAAAAUUAUGAAAUCAAUCCAUUUGGGUUGGUGGUGUACAGAACACACUCAAGUGUGUUAACUAUUGUGACUUCUUUCAAGUCUAAAUGAUUUAAUAAAACUUUUUAAAAAAUUA